AUGGCUGGCUUUCUCGGUCGGCUGUCGCAAGGAAUGGGAGGAGGGUCCCAGGAGGAGGAGGACAUCAAUGCCCCGAUAACCUUCAGCCGCGCAAGGGCCCAUCCUCCUCUGUCGUCCAACGUCGGCACCUUUGGCAGCACAGACACGGGGCUUCGGAGGAACUGGGUUGAGGGCAGCUGGGCAUCAGGCUCUCGCUACGGCCGCCUGGAGAAGGCGCCCUCUAGACCGUUUCUCAGCAUAAUCCUCAUCUCCGCCUUCUUCAUCUUCGCCAUGGUGGCAUCUAUCAUGUGGUAUGACGGCAAGGAUCAGUUCAACCUCAACAACAUGCUCCCCUGGUCCACCGGGGGAAGGGGCAGCGGAUCUCGCCCGUCGGCGGGGUCUGUGGAAGAAGCGAACGAGAAGCUGAAGUUCAAGUACCAUGAGGCUCUCAGAGACGUCAGAGGACUGGAGAGCAAAGUUGGGGAGCUGGAGCAUCUGGCAAGGGAAAACUCGCGCAAGGACGGGGCCCUUGUGGAGGAAAAGCUCAAGUAUGAGGCAGCUGAGCGAGAGGUAGAUGCCCUGGAGAGCAAGGUGGAGAAGCUAGAGAGAGAGGCGUUGAAGCAGAAGAUGAGCAUGCGACAAGGGCAGGCCAGCGACCUGGGGCGGGCGAGCAAAGAGAUCUCAAACCUGCAGGAGCAGAGGAUGUCGGAGAAGCAGAUCGCAGCGCUGGAGAAGGAGAACGAGCAGCUUGAGGUGAGGAGGGAGUGGAGGGAACCACGGGACAUGACGAGCACCUCGGUCCAGCUGAGCUUGGAAGAUCGAGAGCAGGACAAGCAAGAGAUUAAGGCGCUCACAGACAAGGUCGAGGAGCUCUCAAGGAACUCGGCGGCUGCUCGCAGGAGUCGGGAGAGUGGAGAGAUCAAGAAGAUCGAGGAGGCAAUCAAGGCGCAUCUGAAAACAGAGGAGGACAGGGUUGCCAAGCUUACGAGGCAGCAAAUCAAGCUCAAGGCCGAGCUGGAGGCGGCGAGGGCAGAGGCCCAGCAGUACAGAAAGCCUCAACCAGCUCCAAGGAGGAAGCGCGCGCAAUCCUCUCUGCAUCUUGGCCCAUCGAACGAUCUUGAGAGCACAGGCAAACGUUUGAGCUAUGCGGAUGAGGUGCAGCAAAAGGAGAAGAAGGAAGAGGAGAACAUCUCGAGGCAGGCGUCGAGGAUGAUGAAUCACAGGGAGGAAGAAAGAGGGCUGGACAAGCGUCAUCGCAAAAUGCUGGAGGAAGAGUCAGGACAUGGAAAGGAGCCAGGAGAUGCGCGACAGGACGGCGGAUCAAGCAGCCGACAGGUCAGGGAGAAGGAGAUCGACAAGCUACUGGGCACCAACACCAACUGCCCCGGGCCGGACUGCAUGACCAAGAAGGUCGACCCCUCGAUAGUUCAGGCAACGGACUAUGCCAGGUCAAGAUUCGCCUCCGGAGGAAAGCUCCGCUUUCAGUAG